AUGACUAUAGUUCUGAAAACAAUUUUUGGCUCACUAGAUGAAGAUGAACUUACAGAAGACAUAAUAAAAAUAUUUAGUACUUCGAAUGUGCAAAUGUCGGUAAUUCCAACAAUAUCCGAAGAAACUGGAAACUUUCCUUUCUUGCAGAAAUUUUUGAAGGAAGCACCGUUAGAAGAAAUAACCAUAAGUAGAAUUUUACAUGAAACAUGGAGACUGUACGGUUUUCAAACAAAUAAUGAUGAUUGUGCACGAAUUGUCAACAUCCUAGCGGAAAUACGUUAUUUGUGGAAUGAGCUGAAAUCAUUGGUUGAUGCUAAUUUAUUUCGUUCCAAAUUUUACGAAUCUGAAACUUGGAAACUUCAAGCCGAACGCAAUAUUGGUAGCUUAAAAGAUGCAAUGAGGAAAGGCAACACGGCUGUACAUGGGCAAAUUUUAAGAGAAAUUGACAAAUUAGAUUUAAACAAUCUAACAUAUGAUGAUCCUAUAUGUAAUGGCGUAGUUGAUCUUAAAUGUGACCGUUUUCUCAUAAAUGAGGUUGAUUUUGACAUUCUUGUGAAUGGAGUCAUUGUGAAUUUGCAAAAUCUUAGAAAUUCUUCUAAAAAGAAAUGUAAAGCCGUCGAUCCCAACGAUUCCCCUCUACAUGAAGUCACAAUUAGAAUCGCAUUGAGACAUAAGAUAGACUGUUUUGAUUCUGGAAAGUAUUAUGCUGAGGGCGAUACUUCUGAUUCCGAACCUGAAUCUCAAAUUUCUACGCCUCAGUCUAAGAAUAAUGAUCUUUCGAAGAAAGCGCAUUCCGUGCAUUAUAAUCCUUUCGAUUCCCAGAUCGCGGAAAUAGAUUCAAUGUUGACAGGAAUGUUAGAUUAUCAGUACUGGCGCUAG